AUGGCAGCAUUGAUUUUUCAUCUAUCUAUCUAUCUAUCUAUAUAUCUAUCUAUGGAUGUUAGAUUAUCUAUUUAUCUAUCUAUCUAUCUAUCUAUCUAUCUAUCUAUCUAUCUAUCUAGCAUUUCAUUUUCUUUCUUUUCUUAUAAUUUAAUCGCACAUUUGCCUAUUUAUUUAUUAAUAUUUUUUGUUUUAAUUUCGAAUCUAUCUAUCUAUCUAUCUAUCUAUCUAUCUAUCUAUCUAUCUAUCUAUCUAUCUCAGUCUAUUUACAUCUAUCAUUUGAUUUUCUUUUUUCUUUCAUUUUUGACAUUUAAUCCAUCUCUCUCUCUCUCUCUCUCUAUCUAUCUAUCUAUCUGUUAUUUCAUUUUCCUUUUUACUUUAUUUUCUUUUUUAAUUUUUUUCUUUUAUCUGAUAAUUUUCAUUUUCUUUCUUUCUUUUAAUAUCUAUCUAUCUAUUUAUCUAUCUAUCAUCUAUCUAUCUAUUUCUAUUUUUUUUUUUUUUUUUUCUUUUAAUUUAAUCCCAUGUCUGUCGAUCUAUCUAUCUAUCUAUCUAUCUAUCUAUCUAUCUAUCUAUCUAUCUAUCUAUGUCAUUUGA